ACAGACCACUACUACAGUUGGGUUCACCAGACUCCUCCCAUCUGUCUCCCACUACACAUUUUUGGUGUCAAAUGUCGACGCAACUCCGACCUGCCCAGCCGCCUCCCUCUCGUUCGUGGGACCUCCAUUGGCUGCGACACACCCACACCACCGAAACCGCCUGCUUCCUGGAGUCCAAAUAGCUGCUCUGAACAGGAAAUGACAUCACAGCGCUUUUGUACAUCGAGAACCAAAAACAAAAUAUGAGAAGCAGAUGUGUUUUAGGCGUGUUUUGAAAAGAAGGGUAAAGUGGAGUGUGCAGAAGUGGUUUUAGUGCGUGGCUCAUAGAGAAGAAGAAUGUCAGGAGGCCAUGAAGAGAGUCAAAGUGGAGCAAGUUUUUUCUUCUCCAAUCCUCUGAUGAGUGAUGUUGAAGCAGACUGGAGUCCAAUUCAUGAUGCUGCAUCAAAUGGUCGCAUGCUGACAUUACAAAGGCUCAUUGCUCAGGGCGCGUGUGUGAACUUGAGCACGUUGGACCAGGUCUCCCCCCUCCAUGGAGCAUCUUUACAGGGCCAUGCAGGCUGUGUCAAGCUGCUGCUUCAACAUGGUGCUAAUGUAAACAGUUCGACGUUGGAUGGACAAACAGCGCUGUCGGAAGCGUGCGGCCGGGGUCAUGUGACCUGUGUGUCGCUGCUCCUUCGGCACAGAGCGAGGCCUCUGGGGAGCAGCGUAUCCAACUCUCCAAUGCACGUGGCCGCAUCUAAAGGUUACCCAGAAUGCAUUGAAUCUCUCGCCCAGCACGGCGCUGACUUGGAUCAGAACAUUCAUCAGUCUGGCACCCCGCUCCAUGUUGCCUGCUCCAGUCAGCAGCUGACUGCUGUGAAGAAACUGCUUGAACUUGGUGCAAAUGUAAACGUGGGCAGGUCCGGCGAGUCCUCCCUGCACAUUGCCGCCCGCGCAUCCAAUCCAGAGAUGGUGUCAAUUCUGCUGGAGCACGGGGCGGACACCUCCCUACAAAACCCGGAGGGCAAACGUCCUGUGGACUUGGCGGCCUCCGACAGCGCUGUGGAGAAGUUGCUCAGACAAAGUGCAGAAGUCCCGAAGUUGAUGCAGCUGUGCCGCCUCCACAUCAGGACCACUUUAGGGAAACACAGGCUGCAUUUCAUCAAUCACCUCCACCUGCCCACAGUACUCAAAAACUAUCUGUUAUGGAAAACUUAAGCAUUUAUUUCAUAUCCUGAAUACAAGUUCCAUGUAUUAGUACGCUUUUUAUCCUCAUUAGCAAGACAUUCCAGCGCAUUAGUACUUGUAACCCCUCACACCCGUUUUCCUCUGGAAAGGGCUUUCCAUUUAAUCUCCCCCGGCAAAGGGAUGCGGCUGCAUUUCUCUGCUUUUCCAACAGAGGGAGCGCUCGCAUAAUCCUUGAGUACAAACAUGACUUUGAAAGGAUGUUUAAUUGAACUACAAAGUCACGUGAAGGUCAACGUCCUCCCCCAAAUCUCCAGCAUGUUGUAUUCAUGAGCUGGCAGACUUUUUCUCACUUUCAUCUCAUCUUGUUGAUGCUCCAAAUAGAUUUUUUCCCUCUUCCCAACCAGGCUUUGUGUGAGCCUUUCAAGCUGAAUUUACAUGUUUUAGACAGCAGCAUUUAAGAAGUGCUGUACUUUUAUCAAAAACUGAAUUUCAUGAUAAACUUUGAUAUCAUUUUUUUAGACUUCAAUAUGUCGGUUUCAUUAUUUUUUUUAUCUGAACCGUCUCGUAUCCCCCAAAUAAAAAAAAAAAAGAAAUGACUGCAAAAUUUAUUUCACAUAGUAUGAUUGCCAUGAGAAUGAAGUCAUAGCAGCAUGGUGAUAUCAUGAUUAGAGAGGUUCUGGCCUUGUAUAUUAUUUGCCCUGGCCUUCCCGUUGAACUGUAAUAUAAGGAGAAAAUAUUGUAUCAUAAUUUCAUUAGGAUAAAGUUCCAAAAAUGUCCAGCAGAAAAAAUAAAAAAGCUGAAUUGAAUACAAACUGCGCAUUAUCUAUCCAUUCGACUGUGUACUUUGUUUACAUGUUAUUUUCAACAAAUAUAUGAAACUAUGUUUGUGUGCUAUCAAUUUAGGAAGACUCAUUUUUUUCUUGUGAUUAUGAUGACAAUCAAACCACAUUCAUUCAUGCAGAAAUGUAAGACAUUUUGAAGGGUUCCUCUCACUAUACAUUUCAUCAACUCCAUCCAGAACAUCCUUCUACUUAAAUGCACCACUCAUUCAUUUUGUAUUGAUCCCUACUCCCAAUCUGGCUGAAUGAGUACAUUCUGAAUGGCCGUAGGUCACGCUAACAUUGAGGCAGCUUUGAUUUGAUGUAAAAUCAAUGUCAUCUAGGGGCUUGUGGCUCCUAAUGCUGCCAGCGGAGAGACGCAGCAUAGAAUUAAUGACGGGCGAAUCAAUCACGGUGCCAUGAAUGUGUGGAUGAAAGUCACAUGGUUGUUUGCAUUAUUACAUGCAUCAAGUUGUUUUUUUGUGGGUUGUUGUAGUCCAAAUCAAUCUCUUUU